AUGGCUUCUCCUCCAUACUCGUACUCCCCGACGGCCCUCUCACCACCAUACCCAUCUUCCGCACAGCUCCCGGUGUCAAACAAGAAGCGCGCCUCAGAUGGCGCGCCUCCAGGAUCCGCCAAGCGCCGCAAGGCUUCGACCCUUUCCGUCACUUCGGCCGCCGCGCAUCCCCUUCGCCAGACCUCCUUCCCCCCCGAAGCCAGAUCGCCAUUCCCGCGAUCACCCUCGGCUGACAACCUGAGCAUCGUAAGCGGUAGUCAGGUCAGCGGACCUCCUAAGAAAAAGCGCGGCAGGAAGCCCAAGAAUCAAACAAACGUCGAGGCGAGGGAGCAGACGCCGUCGCUCGUAGGCGGGCGGGCGCCCACGACGGUUAGCGGAACGGGCGCGGGCGCCGAAGGCCAGGAGGAUGGCGCCAAUGACGAAGACGACGAUAACGACAUGCGCAUGGCGUUGGUGGACUCUACAGUCAGGACUCAGGAGCAGAAGCAGGAGGAAAUAAGAUUACGUGCCAUGCUCGUUGAGUCCUUCGACCCGGAACAAUACGACCGAUACGAACAAUGGCGCGCUGCCAAACUGACAGACGCAGUGGUCAAACGUGUCGUCAACGCGACCGUCUCGCAAUCCGUACCCCCGAACGUCGCCCUGGCUGUCAAGUCGGUAUCGAAGCUCUUCAUCGGAGAGCUCAUUGAGAGAGCUCGGGAUGUGCAGGGAGAGUGGAUCAAGGCCACGGGCGAGAAGCAGUCCGAAGCGCCCAUGCCGCCGCCAAAGGACGAGGCCAGCCAGUCUCAGGCCGCGAAAGAUGACCGAAGGGGCCCUCUGCGACCGGAUCAUCUCCGCGAGGCCUGGCGACGUUACAAGAUGUCGGGGGAUGGAGGCUGGGCGGGCAUUCAAGGCCUGUGGCACGAGCAGCAGCAGAGCGGCGUCGAGAGGUUCCCUGUCCGAACCGGCGGACGGCGCGUUUUCAGGUGA